GUUCACUCAAUUUUCGGAAUUCGGGCGAUUAUUUUCAUUUGUGUUGUAAUUUGUAAUUAGAUUCUCCCGUGAGUCAAUCUAGAGGAAAUAUUAGUUUUUUUACAGCAUACAAACACGUUUCAGUGACUAUAUAAAUAUGGUAAUACGUAUUAAACAUUACUGUUGAUUCACUCACAAACUCCCAGGAAAAUAGUACUUCAAAAAUGGAUAUCCUGAGACAGUUUCAGAAUCUUGCUUGGUGUAAGCCGGAUUGGUGUUACCCGAGUAUGAGCAAGGAAACCAAUGAGCUUCUGAGACAGUGCGUUAACCUUCCCACCGUUGAGCUGAGUGAUGAUGUGGAAGAAAUUAUCCGACGAAGCAAGGAGUUUCCAAUACCAUUUCCUAUUGAGACUAUUAGAUUAGAACAGCUGAAGGUCCAUCGACCAAUAGACAGGUUGAAGAGAAACAUAGUGUCCACUUACCCCAUCAUACAUGAGAGAGUGUUGCUUCUCAUGACACACUUUCUGAUAUACAAGAGAGAAUUUGGAUCACCAAUAGAGAAAGUAUUCUACAGAGACAUGACUGUGAUACAGUUUAUUGACAGAAUACUGCAGAAGAGAGCAGUGGCGUUUGUUGGACCUCAAGACAAAUACAUGCUGAUGACAGGCGAGACUGGUGCUGAUGGUUGGGAACUAGUGGGCACAUUACAACAGAAACCACCACUAGUACUCGAAAACUGUUUGAGUUAUGAUGAAAUGAAAUUAUCCGCUAUGGUAUUUGUCAGUGGAUAUACAGAAUGUAUAAACAAUGGAUCAAGAAAGAACUCGGGGGUUAUACAAGAAGAUAAUAUAGAGGAGGAAGCUGUAAUAAUAGGUUUUAUUGGAACACGCUUCAAACGCAAAGAGCGUAUGGAAUACGAGGAUAUAUUAAUAACGGAACAACAGAACUGCUUAGACAAUGGUUACGGUGAAGAGGUCACGCCGACGACUUGCCUUAACGUGUUGAAAACAACAUACGUCAGAAACAACCAGUCAGCCAAACAUAUGUGGCGGCAGAUGUGGUCAGAAUUUUAUCAGGUCCACAGCUAUACCUACGAAGAAUUGACCUCGUAUGUAAAUAUAAAGGACAAAAGCGAGGAUCAGAGGUAUUUAGAGCGCUAUGUGAAGGUGGAGCCGGAAGUGAUAUUUGACAACGAGGUGUACUACCGGCGACUGUCCGUGCUCGCCGAGACUACUCUAUUCGAGGCUCAAGCGCGCGGCUCAGAGGCCCAAAGAGAUGUCUUUCUUAACGUCGUUGGGGCUGGAUUGGGCGUGUGGAAGGUGUCACAUCAUCAGGACGACGUUUACGUGCUGACUUUUAUGGAGCGGAUCCGCGCGUUCCUCAAGAAAGAUAUGUUGAAUAAUGUGACAGAUGUUAACUUCGCCUACAUAAAGCCGGGACAGAGUAUAGACGCUCUAUUCAAGAAUUCUGAUUCUGGUGAAGAAUCACCAAAAGAAAGAAGGAUAUUCUUCGAAAGCAAACGGCAUCCAAAAGGUGGAAUAAACGUUCAGCUUGAGAACAGAGAGCCGGCGUCAAAACUGCAGGGCGAACACGAGGGAAAGCUGCUGGUUAUUACUUACCCCUGGGACAGCAAUGCACAUCCUGGGAACGAGUUUUGGUUUGGUAGCUUGGAAACAUCAGGAGACCCGGCGGCGGCAUGUUCGACGCAGGUUUCAGAGCUGCAUAACGCUCACAUCAAUGCUGCGCUUAGUGGCCUAAACGUGCGCGUCGCCGGCCGCGGCGGCUUGAACUCGCUGCAUGACUGCUGUCUCGCUCUUACAGCGUAAAAGAGAGUGGGACAACAGCUGUCACCUUGGGCUUCCCGGCCCCGCGCGGCCCAGUAAAUUGCAAAACUGCUAUUUUGCUAUAAAGUGUAAAACCGAGCGAGACAUCACAGCUGUGACCUUGGGCUUGCCGACUGCACGGCCCAAUCAAACUUCUUGUCUUGCACCCACAAUGUAAAACGGAACGGGACGAGACGGGACGAGAUUACAUCACAGCUGUAAGUUGUAACCUCGCAAUUGACGUAUUGGAGGUACGCGUUGCCGCCCGCCAGCCUGCUGUUUCGCUCUCAUAGCAUAGAACAGAGCGAGACAAAAACAAAGAACGCAGUAUACUAGAGAAGGCAAUAAAUGACAAGUUACAACAGGGAUAUUUAUUGUAAAGAGUUUGCUUGUGUGGUAGUGUGUACGGAUUGUAUUAUUAUGAGUGGCAAUAUUAAUUUUUAAUAGCAGAAUGUCAAUUAAAAAUUAUUAUUAAUGUCUUGCAGUAUUAUUAUGUUUGACUGCGUGUAAAGGACUGAUGUAAAUAGUAUUCUGAAAAAAAUAAUUAUAGGUGUACCAAAAUCUGAUGGCAAAA